UAAACUCUAAUUGUCAUUUUAGUGCUGCAAGCUCCUGUGUAUCUCUGUAUCUAAGCAACAUGAGUACUAGUAGAACUGUGAAGAGCUGCAUAUCGUCAUCCAUCCAGAAGUAGAGGGCAUAUCUGUACUGACAAAGGCUGGUGUUGUUGAAAGAAUAGAAAAAUGGCGUUGGCAAGUGGUCAUUGGAUUGAAAAAGAGAUCAAAGGAGACCUGCCGUGCCCCAGACAUGGUCAUGCCCUGGCAGUAGCUGGAAAUAUAGCAUUCCUGUUUGGUGGCAUGUCCACCUUGAAUUCCCUGGAUGGCCAGCCAAAACAUUUAAAUGAUUUUUACAUGUUUACAGUUUCACCAACUGAUUUGACUUGGGAGGUGAUACCACAAAAUGGGCUGAUUCCACCUGCAAGAGAGGGCCACUCUCUAUGUGUGAUAAAUGGAAAAUUAUACCUAUUUGGUGGUGCUUCACAUCCACAAGCCAAAGAAUGCCUUCCUGGAGUGUACUGCUUUAACACUGCAUCAUUAACCUGGGAGAAGCUGAAAACUGGAGGAGUCUCUCUGAAGAGUUUGAAGCAUAGUGCAGUCACAGUCGGGGACAAUAUUUAUGUCUUUGGCGGGAUCCUGGAUGGCACCCCAAAAGAUGACCUUCUGAUGUUUAGCACAGUGUCAAUGACCUGGACUCCAGUUAAAACCACUGGCUCACUGCCAUCUGCCAGGUACGGUCAUACAUGUGCACUGGUGGGUGACCAGAUAUACAUGUUUGGUGGCUGUUCAGGGGAUAACUGUUAUCACACAGAUGUUCAUAUUCUCAAUACAGAUACUCUGAUAUGGCAGAAGUUAGAAGUGAAGGGAGAAUCGCCUGUUGGAUGUGCAGGUCACACAUUCACACCUCAUCAUGACAAGGAUAUAUAUUUAUUUGGAGGUAGAUAUAUCAGCAAAAAUGGCACUAUCACAUCAACAAAUGAAAUCCAUAAACUGAGCAUUGCCAAGAUGAAAUGGAAAGUGCCAUUGUAUAUUGGGAUUCCUCCAACCGGCCGACACAGUCACACGGCAUUUAUUCUUCAUGGUCAUAUGUACGUAUUUGGAGGCUCAAAUGAAGAGAAGGAGUUUAAUGAUUUAAACGUGAUGAAACUAAUAAAUCCUUCAGAAAGACAACCAAUAAUGAAGGAAAUCCUGUCUGAAUUUGGAAUCCAGGGAGUAAGCAAUUCAUUUGCACCUACAAAGGUUCCUAAUGUCAAGUAUGAACUUAGUGACCCUCCUUUUCCUACAAGAAUAGAAUCACCUCCCCCCGUCCAGCUAGCAAGCAGCAGGGAUUUCAGUGCUGUUCGUAAUGAAGCCAUGGAGACAAUCAACAGAGCAUUUGCUAUGCUGGACAAUGAGUUCCUGAAGCUGGAUAAUGAAAAGUCACUUAUCGCUCAAGCUGCAAUUGCUCUCCAGCAUGAAAGAGAAGUCUACAGCAUCCAGUAUCAAAAACAACAACAGGAACUCCAGGAAAUGCUAGAAAAACACAAGGCCCAAAAUGAAGCCUGGCUAAAAGCCCGAGCAGAGGAGAAUGACAAGGAGAGGAAGGAACUCUAUAAACUACGGGAGGAGAUAUUGCAGGAGCAAAAGAAGCUUAAAGAAGAGCAAGAGAACAUUCAAAAACGAAGUGAACAGCUGCUGUCCAUCAUGCAGCAGUUUAAAGGCAUGUAGAACAAAAGAGUAAUCUACAACUUAGUUUAUGAGAACAAAUUCAGUCAUCAACUGUGUUUAUGUUUUAUCAUUAUUUUUUAAUUAAGAAAUGACUUGUCAUUUUUAAGUUAACGGGUAAUGAAGAUGAUUUUUGAAAGGUACUGUACUUUUAAUUAGAUUUCUUCUCAGAAAUAUAUAAGAAACAACAGGAGGGCAGAAUUCAAAAUGACUAACAAGACAUGCCUUUUUACCAAAUUUAGGCCAGAAUAGUGAGAUAAAUCAUUUUAAAGAUAACUGAUUAAUUGACCCAAUUCAACCUGAAAAACGUAAAAGUGCUCCAACCUGGUGCUACAUGCAUGGCAACUGAAUCUGAAAAAAUAACAAAAGUAAACAUCAUUCAGUUUUUUCAGUAUAACCUAAUAGUUAAAGACUUAAUACCGAAAACUGUAUUUGUUUCCAUUACACUGCUACACUGUGUUAGUUCAUUAUUCUGAACUCUUAUCAGAUGCCACACUGUUUCUGUUGUACCAUGGUAUUCAACUUUGAGACAGUGGUGAGUAACAUAAAGUAGAAUCAAGGAGUUCAGAACAAAAUGUGACGGGAAAGCUGGCCAUCAUUAAAACAGAUUCCCAUGCUUUUAUACUAGCCAACCAUUUGCUACCUGCUUCUUCCAAUUCAGGGUCAUAGGAGAGCCUAUCCCAGCAAGCAAUGGGAGUACAGCCUUGUAGGAAUUUGGUCUGGUACUAAUUGAACUCGUGAAUUUUCUAAUGUAACCAUGAAAUGCUGUAUGCUGAUUAAUCUUACUAUAAGUUACAGGCAGGGUCUAACACCCUGGACAGGAUGCCAGUCCAUUGCAGGGGAGACACAUUCACACCUAGGGCCAAUUUUCCACACUCACUCCCAGAAGCCUAUAAUCUACUGUACCAGUAUGUUUUUGAACUGGGGGACGAAAUGGGAACACCCUGAGGUAACCCACACAAACAUGGGAAGAACAUACAAAUUCCAUGUAAAUAGGAUAGGCAGAUAGGCCCUAGAGCUGUGAGGCAGCAAUGCUAACCACUGUUGCACUAGGCUGACCUUUUACACAUAAGCUUUUAUUAAUUUGCAAUUAGAAUGUUAAAAUGGAGAAGUAACCAGGAAUAUAACAUUUUCAUUUCACAGUUUCAUUUAGAGCUUUUAAAAAAAGCUAACGGCAACUGAGAACACCAGGUAGGACCACAAUGGUGUAUUAAAAAUAACAUUUUAAGAAACAGAAAUAAAUUUGCUGUAGUGGUAGGUUGUGAACAUGAAGAUGGUAAUGUCUGUUAACAUUUUUAUAAGCUGAUAUUAAAGUUAUAAAACCAGAAUUGGAGUGAUCAACACUAUACUUCCACUGCUGACAGAUGUGGAAAAUGGCAUUUUCAUCAAUAGUAAAUGGUACCAAAGUUAUUGAUUCUUUGAGCAUCAAAAUUAUGGGGUUCAACGGGCACUCGUUUUAUUCAGAGACAGAUUUUCUAUAACAUAUAUACCAAACAUAUAAAUAUUUUUAAGUAUGGCACUUCAUUUUUUUCCUCAGGGUAAUAAAUUCAAAUGUCUUUUUUAUUGUCUAUCCAUUCUGUACUGCCUUCAUAAGUCAUUCUAUUAGAAAUUGUAUUUCUAGUACUAUUUAAUUUAUACUAGUGAUAAAAGUAAUGGAGGAAAAAAUCCAGAAAUCUUCUUUAAAUUUAGCUAAGCAAGAAAGAAUUGACAUAUGCUUUGAGUUAGGAGUGUAGUCCAACCCAGAGUCAGAGCAGUUUAUCCUGGAUUAUGCAGUAUUAAGCAGGCUAGAAAGCACCAUCCCACACUCAGCUAGGACACUGGACCAUCACAGAGAUGAUUCCCCAGCAAAGCUGGUCUCCAUUGAUAUGGAGCUGGGUAGACUGGUGGAACUGGGAUAAAGGCAACAAUAUAAGGCCCAUAUCAGGAGUCUGAAUCCACAACCUACCAAUUAUGAGUCCAAAAACCUACCCACUAAACUACACCACCCCCACAAUGUGUAUAAGGAUCAACAAAGCAUUAACCAUCUUAAAAGGGUGUAUGUUUUCCUGGCAUUUUUCUUGCAAGUUUGCUACUCAAAAUAUCCCUUAUUAUUAGAAAUAGAAGCUGUAGAUACAGUUUGCUUUUUAGCACACCACACAACUGUUUGACUGUGUCUCUUUGACCCUUCAAUCCAAUCCUUCCCCUAGAACUUACUUAUACAUACUCAUCUUUUUUUGUGAAGCUCAGCCCACAAUUUUACAAUGAGAUUAAAAUGAGCCAACUGGGGGAGGCCAGCUCAUUACUUUCAAGGCCAGGUUUUCUCCCUGAGGCUGUUAAAGAAUUAAAUAUUGCUUGAUAUUGCUUGUUUACAUAUUUACCAAUUCUCCUAUUGUAUCUGUGCACUGCCAAAAAAGCCCCAAGACCUUACAGUACUUCCUUCGACAUGUACCUUACGUUUCACUUUGAAUAUAUAAUAAGAUUUUUAAUGCUGAAAUUUGCAGCCAUUGUUGCAUCCACCCAUAGUACUUUUCACCAUUUCUCCUUUGGCAAUUAUUUUUGGAGCUUAUCCCAGAAGCUGGAAUGACAGAAUGCCAGUCCAUCACAAGACAAACAUAUCCAAUAGCCAACUUAGAAAUGAAUGUUAACCUGGGCAACAUGCCUGUGGAAGAAAAUUGGACUACCUGGAGAAAACCCAUGCAAACACAGGGAAAAUAUAUAUGUGUGCACAGCUGAUCCUGGGCUGCUUUUUCGUAUCAUCUAACCUGUAAGAAUACAUAGUUAACAAACUCGCCAGCAAGCAAAAAGAGGCAAACUAAACCACGCUUGCACUUGGAAAGCAGCAAAUUGGAUUUGCAAGUUCAACAUUUUGUGUUUUAAUAUUAUUAAUAAAUAUUCAUGAAAUACUGCGUGUAGUGACUUUUAAGGACUUCGCAGAUGCAUUAUUUUACUAAUUUAGUACACAGGUUUUUAAUUCUGUUUUAUUUGUAUUUUCAUUCUGUUUAUUAAUUUGUACCUGUCACUAUUGGUUUUGCAUUAUUAGUAGUAGUAGCAGCAGUAGCAGUAGUAUUUUAAAGUGUUAAAGCUACUUUCUGUUACAAUGUUAAGUAUACUACAUUCAACCAAA